UAUUGGUUAAAGAGUUAAAAGUAUUUUAACAAAAAAGGAACAUUUACUUCUGACCGUUCGAGCAGUAAACAGUCCAGUCAAUUUUUCACUAUGAAUUUCAAACAGGUAAUAAAACUGGUGCUGGUAUCUGUAUGUAGUGGUAUGAUUUUGAGGUUACCUGAUUGUGGAAAACUUGACGCAGCUUGGACUAAAUUCUACUGUGGAAAAAAGCUUAAAGGUAGUCGUCAUUCUAUAACUUCGGAUGCUACUUUUCAAGACUGCGCAAUCAAAUGUGUAUUAUACCCAAAAUGCAAGAGUAUAAGUAUCAAUGAAGACGAACGAUUGUGUAUGUUGCAUCACAGCCGAUAUAGCGAGAGUGGAGUCACAUUAGAGACAGCGAAAGGUUGGAGGCAUGUUGAAACAGAUAACAAAAUGAAAAACCUUGGACUUUAUUGUGAAAAACACAAGCCAUGUCAAUAUGGACAAUGCGAAGACACAUGUGAUGCCCGACAGUACAAAUGCAAGUAUAAAGCAAAAGAUUGGAAGUUACAAGCAACUAACAUCUGCUUUGGGACAAAAAAUGAUCAGUUUGGUAAGUUUAAAAUAACACAUAAUGGCAAACUUGCCGCGCUCAAGCUCAAACAUAUGCGUGGCUUAGUAUCAUGCAAUCCAAAGAAAGCUUUGACACGUUGGGGAUGUGGGUGGGAGAAUCCAAAAAAUAUUUUUAUUGUCAUAACUAAUAGUGAAGAUCAAAUUAUAAUGCCAGAAGGCAAGAAGAAAGAACACAACAAGAUUCCUGGAUUUAAUGGUAAUUCAUCAUUCAUCACAUUGGAUAAACAAGUAAAAGCUGGAGAGGAGUUAAGAAUCUGGUACUCCCAAGAUUUACGGAACUUCUCAGAAGAGAACAACAACGGGAGUUCAUGCGCGGAUAUAUACGCUGUUUUUUUCGACUAAACAUUUAAACCAGUUGUUGAACGGGAAGGGUGUGCGGUCAGAAGGUUUUUUAUUAAAUUAUAAACUAUUAAGGUUCGUAAAAUGGAUGACUUUUUUGUAAGUACCUAUUAGAAAUAUAAAUGUCAAAAUUUUGCAUGAAAUUAAUUGUUAUAUAUGUGAAAACUUCAUAUUUUAUCAAGUUUUGUGCAAUAAUUUCGAAAGUUACAUUCAAUUUAUUUUAAAAAACUGCAGCACAUAAACAUAAAGCAAAAUUUCAUGCUCACUUGUCUUCCCCUUUAAAAGAUGCAUAGCCCCACCCCGCACCACGAAUUGAGCCCCAAAAUUCCGACCGUAAUACGGUUAAAUUGUAAUUAAUUAAUUUAAAAAAAAAACACCAAAAAUUUGACGCCCAAUUUUAUUUGGCAAGAAUGAGAUUUUUUACAUUUUUUGUUUGUUUGUUUUGUUUGUAAUUUUAUUUGUACACCAACGAGAUUAUUUAAGCACUUUCUAAUUAAGUUGUUAUUUAAUUUUUACCAUCACAAGUUUGUACAAUUAUGUUAGACUGGCGCAAGCACAUUCUCGUCCCCAGUGCUCUUAAGGGUUAUCUCAAAGAGCUCUGGGUACAAGAAUGGUGUAGGUAUACAUUAUAUUAUGAUAUGAGUAUUCGAAAACAAGGCGAAUUUAUUUCAACAUUAUACAACUUCAUUCCUAAUUGUUUUUGAUUUUUCUACUGUUUCGAACAGAAAAAGGACACAAUGUAUCAUUUUUUUAUGUGAAUAUUAUAGAAUUAUAACAAUACAGAAAAAAUGUGUUUCUUCUUGUGUCUUCUUUUCCUCCAGGUUUGUACAAAGAAUAAAGAUCACUGUAGCUUUCUGAACACA